AUGCCCGUCUUAGACUACUCUGACGGCUCUUGCACGGGCCGGGCAGGGAUGCUAUUUGCCACGCCCAAUGUCCCCAAAGCACGAGUGAACCGCGAGUGGUCCCUGGAGGAGUACUUGCACAAGCUGCUCGGUAACCAGGCCGAAUUGACAGAGCUCAAAGAAGCAGUCAUGAGGCUCGAGGCACGGCAUCUGGACAAGACCGCUGCUAAAGAAAGCUGUUGGGCAGCCGAGAAGGCCCAGCUGCAGCAAGAUCUCGCAUGCGCAGCUGCAGCUUCUCAGGAGUGCUCACAGGAGUUGGCCCGCAACGAGGCCAAGGUGGCGGAGCUGCAAGAGGCAGUCGCCAGCCUUCAGGCCUAUGUGAGGGAGCAGGACGUCGCCCUGCUGAGCAUGCAUUACGAGCUCUACGAAUUCAAGGCGCAGGUCCACGAGACGGCCAAGAAGGAGGAGCUCUGGGACAUCUCUGGUUCCAGCCAAUGCUCACCUGGCUCUGCGAGGGCUUCGAGCUCCCGGGACGCAGUCCCGGGCCCCGUGCAGGAGAUGGCGCAGCAGACCGCGUCAUCUCGCAGAGCACCCGUGAUUACACGGUGGCAGGAUGCUGGGCUGUGGGGCCGUACCAAAGCAUCCUUGCAAGAUGGCCGCUUGGGGCAGGCCAGCCAGGGCGUAGAGCGGAAGGACAGCGUCGCGAAGGACAUCUUGCGGCAAUAUGUUGAGCGCUAUGGGAAAAAUCCGGAGCGUCCGGACCAGCUCACGAAAUUUGCGCAGAAUAUCGAGCAGCGCCUGCCCUUCGCGUGGGCACGCGAUGUCCUGGCAGCUGCCUGA